UGGAAGAAAAAUACACUUGUUCAUGUGAAACCAAAUCCAGUAUCUGAUUUUGAGUUUCAGUAUAUUUUUACUUGCAGGUUAAUGAAGAGGUUCGAAAAACUGCAGCAGAAGGACAAUAAAGUAUACCAUUACCUGAGCCCAACCAUACAACCAGAUGAAGAAUUAUCCAAAAGAGGAUUCUCCAUGUACACAGGGGAUAACGUGGAUGCUGAAGGUGCACAAAGGUCUUCUAGAAGAAGCAGCAAUUCUGAAGAUAAUCGAUAUAACAUCUCAAACUUAGUGUUUGCGCAUGAAAGGCAAAACAGAGAUACUGAAAGAGAGCAGAGUUCUUCCAGCAGCAGCAGUAAUGGUAGAGACCAAAAUAGCACCUCAAACUUAGUAUUUGCUCAUGACAGGUACUGAAGCUUUGGUGCAUUUAUGAUUAUAUAAAACUGGUUCUACUUGAUAAAGUAUUUGGUACAUUCCUCCAAAUACAGAAGAAAAUUUAGUAUUC